AUGCUGAGGGAGGUCAAGUUCAGACCAAUAAUCAGCUCAGGAGGCAAACGGCUAGAAUCUCGUCCAAACGAUCAAUCGGACGCUGAUGGUCAUAGAGCUGUUGCACCCCUACCCAGUCACCUCAUUACAACGAAAAGGCCCAUGAUGAGCCAUAUGCACGAUCAUAAUAUCCAUUACAUUCUUGGGGCGCCUGGCUCUGGGAAAACGACUAUCGUGCCAUAUCUUCGCGAGCUACUUCCACGCUGGAUUAUUAUCGAUUGGGACGAGCUUAUGGUUCCGGCAGAAAUGUUGGCUGGACGUUCGAUUCGCGACAAUGAAUCGCUUUGGAAACCCUAUGCGGCUCUUGUGAAAUCAGUCUUGGAUAUGCUGGCUCCUAAUUCUGUUCUGCUUCUCGGAGUCUGUACCCCAGCUCAGUUAGCGGGAUGGCCCAUUCGCGAAUGGGUAAUACUUGAUUGUGAUGACCGGGAACGUACUGCGCGCCUUCAGCAACGGGGGGAGUCAGCUGAUGAAAUUCAGGAGGCCGUCAGCGAUGCCGCAGAGUACCGUGCACUUGGCCUGAGGACAACUGACGGAACUACUAUCACUCCUCAAGAGACGGCCCAGGCUAUCGCUGGCAUAAUCUGUAUGCCAUAG